CGGGCGGGCGGCGGGCGGCCAGCUGGCUGCAUGGCGCGCUGCGAGCGGCUCCGCGGCGCGGCCCUGCGCGACCUGCUGGGUCGGACGCAGGGGGUCCUGUUCGACUGCGACGGGGUGCUGUGGAACGGUGAGCGCGCUGUGCCGGGCGCCCCGGAGCUGCUGGAGCGGCUGGCGCAGGCGGGCAAGGCGGCGCUGUUCGUGAGCAACAACAGCCGGCGCGCGCGGCCCGAGCUGGCCCUACGCUUCGCGCGCCUCGGCUUCCGGGGGCUGCGCGCCGAGCAGCUCUUCAGCUCCGCGCUGUGCGCCGCGCGCUUGCUGCGCCAGCGCCUGCUCGGGCCGCCGGGCGCGCCGGGCGCCGUGUUCGUGCUGGGCGGCGAGGGGCUGCGCGCCGAGCUGCGCGCCGCGGGGCUGCGCCUGGCGGGGGACCCCAGCGACGACCCGGGCGCCACCCCGCGCGUGCGCGCCGUGCUCGUGGGCUACGACGAGCACUUCUCCUUCGCCAAGCUGAGCGAGGCGUGCGCGCACUUGCGGGACCCCGACUGCCUGCUCGUGGCCACCGACCGCGAUCCGUGGCACCCACUUAGCGACGGCAGCCGGACCCCCGGCACUGGGAGCCUGGCUGCUGCAGUGGAGACAGCCUCGGGACGCCAGGCCCUGGUGGUGGGCAAGCCCAGUCCCUACAUGUUCGAGUGCAUCACAGAGCACUUCAGCGUGGACCCUGCCCACACACUCAUGGUGGGUGACCGCCUGGAGACCGACAUCCUCUUUGGCCACCGCUGCGGCAUGACCACUGUGCUCACGCUCACGGGUGUCUCCCGCCUAGAGGAGGCCCAGGCCUACCUGGCAGCCAGCCAGCACGACCUCGUGCCCCACUACUAUGUGGAGAGCAUCGCAGACUUGAUAGAGGGGUUGGAGGGCUGAGCUCACCAACCUACAGCCGCAGCCCCAGCCCUACCCCACUCCCUGAUCCAUAGGUGGAGGCAAUGGGUCAUGAGCCAUGUUCAGUGUUGCCAGCUCCCUGGCCCUAGUUUCUGCAGGGAAGCUGCAGGGACCCAGGGAAUGUUUGAGGGCCCUCACAACUCCCUCCCAGCAGUGGCUGGGUACUCUUUGCAGUCCCAGAAGCUCAUUGGUUCACUCUGGCCUGACCCAGCCAGGUGGCCUUAUUUCCUGCCCUGUCACCUCCCCUCCUUGAAAUCUGGGCCCUGAUGCCAACUGAGAUCUCCUCCAACCCUGAGCACUUAAUCCCCUUCCACCUCCCUGGGGCUCCUAGGGCUCUACCUGCCCCUCGGGUCCCGGCCCUUGGGUUUUCUCUUGACCAGUCAGAGGACUAAGUACCCACAGCCCAUUAGUGUCCUGAGUGGACCAAUCCAAAGCCUAAUUGAUAGUGACUCAUUGAUGUUGGGUCUUGAGUGGACCAGUUAGGAGCCUAAGUAACAAUGACCCUUUCAUAUCCUAGAGACUGAGUGGACCAAUUAGAAGGCUAGGUGACAAUGACCCUUGCAUGUCCCAGGUCCUGAGUGGACCCCUCAGGACACCAAGAAUAAUGACCCAUUGGCCUUUUAGAUCCUGAAUGGAAUAAUCCAGAAGUCUGAGAGACAGUAGCCUCUUGACAAUCUGGGUCUGAGUGGACCAGCCAGGGGGUCCAGAUGUCAGUUGACAAAUCAGGGUGCAAGUUCCGAAGACACACCUUCUCCACAAAGAUUGAUCCCAUAGGCCAUUCAGUGGCUCUGGGGCUUCUGUGGCCAGGAGCCCCACUUUUCCCUGGUCGUGAUACCCAUCCAGUGUUGACGGUGGCCACAGCUUGGAAUGGGGGGCUGUGUCCCCCUGUGCAGUCAGUGUUUGCUGCGCCACCUGUCUCCCAUGCCCACUCCCAACUAUUUAUUUAUUAUUGUGUGCCAGUGACAGUGGGGGUAGGGCUGGGCCUUCCCCACCACCUCCACCCCUGUUGUAACCAGUC